CAUUUUACAAAAACGUCUGGACUUCGGUUUUUACUUUUUAAUUUCAACGUAAUUAAACACAACAAAAUUAUGUUAUACAUUAUAAUUUCCUUAUUGAUAUUUUUGGAAUUUCACGCUUAACAACUAAAACGUAGAAUCAUAUUUAAAAGAUUUAUUUUAAAUUUAAUUCAAUGUACUCAAAAAGACGUUCGUAAUCAAUAUAACAACUAUCGUUAAAUUUUCUCAGCCUAUAUAUUUACACAUAGAAAAUGAAUAUAUUACCCAAAAAGAGAUGGCAUGUACGUACCAAAGACAAUAUCGCUCGUGUCAGGCGAGACGAGGCUCUAGCAGCCGAAGAAGAAAAAAAACUCAAGAUGAGAAUACAACUGGCUGAACAAGAGGCUAAGUUAUCAAUAUUAAGAGGUAAAGCAAAAGAAAGGUAUGAUGAUUCUGCUGAUCGUCCUAAAGAUGAAGUAAUAGCAGAGUCAGGUCAUGUAAACUUUUUUCAAGAUCUUGAAGAUGGCCAUGUAGCUCAUACAGGUGUUAAUAAAGAACACGAGGAAGAAAAAAAAGAAGAAAAAGAAGCAUAUGAAAAAAAAAUUGGUUAUCUCACUUACCUUGGGCAGGAUACAGAUGAGGCAACUGGAAAUGUUCAGUGGUACAACAAACGGCCAGCUCGAUUAGACAAAACUAAAAAUGAAAAAGAAAUUGAAACUAAAGUAAAGAAUUUCAAUGAUCCACUAUUGGUUAUUAAAAAAUAUGUGGAAGGUGAUAAAAAAGAUACCAAAAAAAUUAAAGACAAAAUAAAGGAAACUAAUGACUCGCCUAAUAAAAAACAUAAGAAAAAAAAGAAGAAAAAAGAGAAGGAGAGAGAGAAGAAUAAAGACAAAAAAGCAACAAUUUUAGAAGAGUUGAGAGCAAAACGAUUGAAAAGGGAAAGAGGAGAACGGUUUAGGGCUAGUCAACUAAUAGCAAGAAUGAAUGGAGUAAUUCCAGUAGAGGUAGCAAAACCAAAACCUCCUGCUAUUGUACAAAAAUACAAUUCUCAGUUCAAUCCAUUUUUGGCCAAACAAAAUUAUCCAAGUAGCAGUACCACAUCUGGCUCCUAAUCAUUAUUGUUAUACAUUUGUUUUUGUAUAUAUUAAUCGUGUAGAACUGUUAUAAACCGACUGUAUAUUUUACUAAGGAAUCUAAUAUGUUAUAUUUUUAUCUUACAUUACACAAUGUAGAAUUUGAACUUACUAAUUACAGUAUAAACAUUUGUAUAUACGUACAUACGUAAUUAAUAAUUCAAAAUUUAAAAACUUAUUUAUUUUCCAAAAAUUAAAGUAAAACUGAAAUCAAUGUUGUGAUAAAUGUAAAUUUAAAUAAAAAAAACACAGAAUAAACUUAAAUUUAAUGUUGUAAUAGUGACAGCUUUCUCUGUCUAAACCUAGACCAAAUAAGACCUUUAAAAGCAUACUUCCGGUCAAAAAGCCAUACAAAAAUAAUUUAUAAAUAAUUACAUAAAAGGGGCGUAAUUAAGGGGGGGUGGGGGGAUAGACCCCCCCCAGAGCCUAUAUUUAAUAUAUAUUUAUUAAUCUUUUAUAAACAGUACAAAAAAAGAGCUAUUACAUUAGCAAUUCCGUAUUUUUUUAUCAAGUGAAUAUCAACUUUUAUUUUUUUUUUUAUGCUGUUUAUUUUCAUAUAAAAGAUUUUUUUUUGAAGAAUUUUUUUAUUGAACAAAAAAAAAAGUUAAAAAUAAUAAACUUUUGAUAUCAAAUUGACC